GGUUUGGGUUCCGUUCCCGUCCGCGUCGUGCACCUGAAGUGCUCAAAGAGGGGGGAGGGAAGACUCGUCCUCACUCGCAUCGCCUGCCUCAUCCGCACCCACCAUCGCCACUGCACUGGACUGCACCCAGAUUGCCCCCAGCAGAGCCACAACGCCCAGCUUUCCCUUUUCCUGGAUUGUCCAUGGUCGCCGGGUUUCAUCGAACACAGCAUUAGAGGAGGGGAAGGGGCUGUUGAGCGCGACGACGACGAAGACGACGUCGGGAAGGAGGAGGACCAGGAGACGAAGCCAUGGUGAGGAAGGAGGCCGUGGUGGCGAGUGUGGCAGCUGCAGGGCUGGCUGUCACUGCGCGCGUGGUGAUGGGCAUGCUGCGACGCAGCCAUUCCAAUAUCUCGGAUGGUAUUCAGGUCCGUCUCAAACUUUCAGCUGUCGACAUUUUGAGGUUAACAGACAAUAUAAUUGCUACGUCAACGAGUGUUCAUGACGCAGUUGCUGCCGUUCCGCUGGAUCAAGUGACAUAUGAAAACGUGAUCGCUCCUUUGGCCAAUCUAGAAGCAGAGGAGUUUGCAUUGGUGCAAAGUUGUGUUUUCCCGGCCUUAGUGUCCACCUCGAAAGAAGUACGAGAUGCUAGUUCCGAGGCAGAGAAGAGAAUUGAUGCUUACAACGUAAAGUGCAGUAUGCGCGAGGACGUCUAUCGUGUUGUUAAGGCUUUUGCUGAUAAGAAAGAACCUCUAAGCCCUCAAGCCCAGCGCUUCGUGGAUCGUGUGAUUAGAGAUUAUGAGAGGUUGGGCUUAAACCUAUCUCCUGACAUACGAAGGAAAGUUGAAUUCUUGAAGACUACCAUCGGUGAGCUCUGCAUCGAAUUCCAGCAAAAUAUGAAUGAAGAAAAUCGACGCCUCUCUUUUAGCGAAAGUGAGCUAGCAGGAUUGCCUGCGGAUUUCAUCAAGGAACUUACUCGUGAUAGCGAUGGCAAGCUGGAAGUCAACCUGAAGUACCCCCACUAUUUUCCUAUUAUGGAGCGAUGUCAGGUGGGAAGUACAAGGAAAGCCGUGGCAAUCGCCUAUGACCAGCGUUGCAUGGAUGAGAAUGUGACAAUAUUGGAGAAAGUGGUGGCGAUGAGGAAUGCUAUGGCACAGUUGCUGGGUUACAGGAAUCAUGCUGAGUAUGCAAUAGCUAUACGCAUGGCUAAGUCGCCUCUGAAGGUGAAAACCUUCCUAGAAAAUAUUUCUAGUAAAAUGUCCCCUCUCGCCAAGAAGGAGCUUGCAAAACUACAAGCCAUGAAGAGGGAGGAAGAAGGUGAUGAACCUUUUGGUUUUCACGAUUUGAGGUACUAUAUUCGAAAAGCUGAGGAGUUGGAGUUUAAAGUUGACUAUGAGACAGUGAAACAGUAUUUUCCUUUAAAUGUUGUUACAGCAGGCCUGCUUCAGAUUUAUCAAGACUUAUUAGGUUUAAAAUUUAAGGAAGUUGUAAAGCCUACUGUUUGGCAUCCAGAGGUCCAGCAAUAUGCUGUGACUGAUACGGAGACAGGCGAGCGCAUGGGUUACUUUUAUCUUGAUCUACACCCUCGGGAUGGAAAAUACACGCAUGCAUGUGUGUGCUCACUGCAGCCAGGGUGUGUCCAAAAAGAUGGUACUCGUCAGCUUCCUGUUGCGGCGAUGCUUGCAAACUUUACCAAGCCAUCGGCAGAGAAACCGUCAUUGUUGGGACACGCGGAGGUUGAGACAUAUUUUCAUGAGUUUGGGCACGUGAUGCACCAUAUCUGCAGCCGUGCAUCAUUUGCAAAAUUCUCAGGCCUUCGUGUUGAAGAAGAUUUUGUGGAGGCUCCCAGCCAGAUGCUCGAGAACUGGUGUUUAGAUGGGGCGUCGUUGAAGAUUAUGAGUGGUCAUUACAAAGACUCGAAACAACCUUUACCGCAGGAUAUCUGUGAAGCUUUAAUGAAGAAGAAGCGUGCGCAUGCUGGCCUUCUCACGAAGCGGCAACUACUUUUUGGACUCUUUGAUCAGACGAUACACAUGCGAGAUAAAGUGGACACAGCUGCUAUUCUUAAAGACUUGACGCCUAAGGUGAUGGAGGGAAUCCCAAUGUUGGAAGGUACUAAUUUCAGUGCCUCAUUUGGUCACAUGGCUGGCGGCUACGACGCUGCAUAUUAUGGGUAUCUUUGGAGUGAGGUAUUUUCAGCAGACAUGUUCGAAACCAAGUUCAAGAACAAUGUCCUAAGUAAGGCGGCAGGGAGAGAGUAUCGAGAUAAGGUACUUGCUCCUGGAGCUACGAAAGAUGCCUCAGUCAUCUUAAAAGAGUUUUUGGGACGCGAACCAACUCAGGAAGCAUUUUUGAGAAGCAAAGGUCUUUAAGUUGUGCAUAAUGUGUUCGUGUUCGUGUUUGCAAUUCCUUAGAGUGAUUUAGUAUUUUUGGAAAUUCUUGAAGGUGUUGUGGGCAUGUGAAUCAAAAGGGUUGAUUAUUCAUGGGGGUGUUAGAAAUGCCCUGGAAAGUGUUGCAAUUGGUUAUCUUUUCAUUCAGACGAGCAGAUGAGGAUACAGACUUGGUUAAGCCGUCUGCAGUGCGAGAAUGUAACGUGUCAUGUUGAGCUGAUUAAAGAUGUAAAAACGGCAUAUGACACAUGCUCAGAUUUAUUUAUUAUUCCCAAAGGAAAAUAACUUCAACGGUGUGAUUCUCUUA